UUGUUAAAUAUAAAGACUUUAGGACCCGUAGGACACAUACGUCACUGAAUUGUUAAUAUAUCUUUAUUGAUCAUUAAAUAUUAAUGAUCAUUGUUGUAGUUAGGAUAUUGAGAUUGAUAGGAGUUAAAACGAUGAAAGGAGUAGGCGGGAAAAAGAAUGGGGRAAAAUCCAUCCGGCAAAGCAGACACACGGCCUCCCAAACGCGCUCAUAAAGAUUUAACAUUUACAAGCGACGGAUAACGAGGAAGCCAGGUGGACGGCAAAGCUUAUCAGUAUUAGAAUCCAAUUUUACCUGACAAGUUAUUCUAGUUUGACGUCUAUAUAAGCUGGUGUAGAAUACUGAAGAGAAAACUGAACGACAAACGACUCCAAGACUCGCCAGGAUUUCUACUCAACAAUAGAGCGACUAAAGAGGCCUGUAGCAACGAAGGAAGUCGGCUCAUUCAAAAACUAAAGCAAGUACCAGCUGCAAAGAAACUGUCCACGACGAAGCCAGGCCUUACAGAUAUCUAGUAAUCCAGUUAUCGAAGACGAUGGCCUUGAAUCAAACCAGUAUCCAGAACAGCACAACACCGCCAGAUCCUUACAUCAUCGAGGAGCCCCCACAGCUGACGACUAUUCGUAUCAUUGUAUUUUCCCUGGUCAUCUUCCUCGGUCUCCUUGGGAACACGGUAGUGAUACGCGCCAUAAGAUCAGGAAGAUCCCGCAAGCCCUUGACGCAUUAUCUAGUCACGAGUCUGGCCGUGGCUGAGCUGCUAAACUCCACAUUCCUGAUAUUCCCGUUUGUCUACGCUGAACUGUGGCAUUGGAUAUUUGGAGCCUUCCUGUGUCACUUCAUAAUGCCGUCCAUGGUCGUGACAUUUGGUGUGGCUACUAACACUUUGGCGUGCAUAUCGAUAUAUCGUUAUCUAGUCAUCGUGACGCCUACCAAGAUGCUGCCAACRAAAAGGGUUAGUCUUGGUAUCGUGACGGGAAUAUGGCUGAUCUCGUUUGCUGUGGCGCUUCCGUUGUAUCCCCUCUACGUCCACGAAGAGAUGCAUCCCGGUUACUACUACUGCCAUGUUCUACACGACCUUAGGAUCUACGACAUGGUGCGAAUAGCUUUGCAGUUUUUUGCCCCUGUUCUGAUCAUGAUUGUCAGCUAUGCCGUCGCGGCUGUCAAAAUCAAAGAACACAUGACGUUCAUGGAAAACAGAAGCAGGCAAAACCGACUUAACUCGAACAUUAGCACCCUUAACACCUUCCUGGAGAGUCAAGUCAACGGUGACAACAACGUUAACCUCCUCACCGUACCUCCCCACCAGUACCAACAGGUCAUCUAUGCACCAAACGAUCGCUUCCCACAUGGAUCUGCCUGUCACAUCAAUCGAAUCCCCGACCAAGCGAUGGAUUAUGCAGCUAGCAAGUCACUGAGCUCGCAUGAUGAAGGAAGCAUGAUUGAAUCGGAGCGUGACAUCAUUAAGAUGUUCUAUGUGAUCGUGAUGGUGUUUUUGAUCUUUUAUUUACCUUACCAGGUAUUCUUUCUUUGUGUGUAUUAUGGUGUCUUGGACAGAAACAGACAUCCUUAUUAUGAUCUUUUGGACAAGUACACUGUUUUGUUGGUCAGCUUUCCCAGUGCUCUACACCCGCUGUGUUAUGGGACGAUGAGUAGUUUCUAUGCUCGUGCAUUCUCAAAGCUAAUCCUCUGCAAGCGCAACAAGUAGACAUGGACGGAGCAACAGACAUUCAUAGAAUUCUUACGUUGAUGGCACUAUGUUAAUUGAGAAAGCACUAAGGUCAUGCUGCAAGAUGCAAAGCGAUCUUCAAGAACCAACAUGCAAAUGAAGUGUUUAGUUGUUUGCACCCAUCAUGCAAAGCAAUCAGUCCCCUGCACCCAUCAUGCAAAGCAAUCAGUCCCCUGCAGCCAUCAGGCAAAGCGGUCACUCUGGACCCAUCAUGCAAAGCGGGGACUGUUCUGGACUCAUCAUGCAAAGCGGUCAGUCUUGUGGAGCCAUCAUGCAAAGCGGUCAGCCCUCAGAACUAUCAUGCAAUGCGGUUCGUUCCCAGGAACCAUCAUGUUAAGCGGUCAGUGUUCUGGACCCAUCAGACAAAGCGGUCAGGCCUCAAGACCCAUUAUGCAAAGCGGUCCUUCAUAUGGACCCAUCAUGCAAAGCGGUCAGUCUAUUGACAUCAUCAGGUCAAGCGAUUUGUACUCUUACAAAUCACAAGUAUUCGGUCACAAAAAUAGUUAAUAAUUAAGUUAUUACACCCUUAAUAGCUUGCUUUAAGGAUGGACACCUUUUCUCGUCUUUGUAUUUUAUCUUGUCCUGAUUGGCUUUAUAAAAUACUCAGUAGACUCGAAAAAAUAUCUACCCGUAACUGCACCCUUAAAUGUCUAAUAAAACUUAGAAUAAGCCUACUAAUGUUCGAUUACAAAUGGCUGAAGUAGUGCUCUACUGCAUCGAUGUUCUUAAAAAUUGUUUGCACCCAUUUAUUUGACCGAUUAGUAGGUUUAUUCUAAAACAAUUAGAAGUCUACUAGACGGCCUUCGGUAUCAUGGUUUAUCGACUCAUUCGGGCUGCGGGUGAAUUGUUAAAUAAAUAAACAAAUAUAUAUGUAUAUAUGUAUAUAUUUGUACAAUUCAUCGCUAAAAUAUGUGUAAAUAAUCUAUUAUCUAUAUUUAGAUAUUCCAUUGCUCUACAUUUGAUUAGGAAUCGGAAAAAUUCUACCCCUCCCGUCCGCCUUUCUCUCCCCUCCCUCACCAAAUACACCGGCAAGUGAAAAGAAAAUUUUAGAAUCAGUCUUUCCACAAAAAAACUCUUCCCCAAAAAGAACUUAUUAUUAGAUUGUAAACCUACCCAAUCUCGUACCUAGAGCCCUUAUUUCUUACUACGCAUGCUCGACGAAUUUUUUUCGAGCAUGCGCAGUAAGAAAUUAGGGCUCUCGGUACGAGAUUGUAAGCCUAUUCCGCUCAACCGCUCUGAUAUAUAAAUGAAUACCUAGAUAUAAGCAGUUUUCUUGUAGUUCAUCGUCAAAGUAAAUUUUCAGUGUUUUAUUUAUUGAUUUUGUUAAAAUGUAAUAUAAACAUAUGUACAGGGUGACGCUAAAAAUAAACUUAUAAUAAAUGAUUAUGCAAAA